CUUCUAGUCGGACGACUAGACGGAAUAUAGUUUUCUAAGGGCAUCGUAUUGCCCUGGUUAUUCAUGUGCGUACACUGGACAUAUACACGGCUAUUUCUAAAUAUAUUUGUAGGUUUCUUAUUGGGAAUUUUGGAUGGAACUUGCCAAUAAAUAGGUUUUAAUCAUCGUUGGAUCGAGCUGAAUCCGCGCAGUACGUGUGCAGAAGGACGCUAUAAACGGGGAAAGUUUAUACAGACGGACAGUGUCGCCGAACCACAACGUGAGGAUACUAAGCAGUCGUUUUGAAGUUUGCAGAGCAUAUUUUAAGAACAAAUGUUUUUUGUUUUUUUGGCUUCCGUUUGAAGCAUUUUUGGGCAGACAUAAUCACUUACGUCAGUGGGUUAACGACACUGAUAUUACAGGCAGAGGUGCUUAGUUUAGUAAUCAUUUAGCUAAGACGCAGCUAUGUAUAGUCUAUAGACUAUUUCAUUUUGAAUGUGAGCUUGCUAGUUAAGUUAGUCAAAUGAACAUUUGUACGUCGUGAUGUCAUGCAUGUCUUUCAGUAUCCAAUAUGAAUUUUGUGAUAGUGGGUGAACAAAUCACCAUAACGAGAAACAUGAUCAUGUCUCUUGGCGGUUAACUAGCAAACACUUUGUGGACCUCUUCAUCUAUGCAGUUUACCAAGGUAGUUACCUGUAGCUGGGUGCAAUGGUUAUAUUCGCUUAGCUUUUUGAAUAAAAAUGAGAAACCUAAGACCUUUAAUGCACACACUGCAGUACUGGCUUGUAAGGGUCACCCCUAAGCACAGGUAUUGUUGCUCAAUUUCAAUUCCUCCAACCGGAGAAGGUGAAGGAUCGACUAGCGCCAGCAAAUUCAGAAGUAAACUUGCUACGGGUCCAAGAUUUAAGGACUUUAUUAAGGAUGCUUCUUCCAGAGAAAAGACCCCUGAUGUUCAAGAUGGACUUGUUAAGGACACACAGUCCUAUCUUCCUGAUGACCCACAUAUUGGAAAUUCAAGAAAAGUAUACUUUGAAACCUAUGGCUGUCAGAUGAAUGUGAAUGAUACUGAGAUUGCCUGGUCCAUUCUACAAAGGAAAGGAUACUUGCGUACCAGUGAACUUUCACGGGCUGAUGUUAUACUCCUUGUUACUUGCUCAGUAAGGGAGAAAGCUGAGCAGACCAUAUGGAACAGAUUGCAACAACUGACAAGUUUGAAAAAGAAAAGGUCCAAGGUCCAUGGCCCACUGAAAAUAGGAGUUUUAGGCUGCAUGGCAGAGCGUCUUAAGACAGAGCUCCUUGAGCGGGAGAAGCUGGUGGAUGUUCUGGCUGGGCCAGACGCGUACCGGGACCUCCCUCGCCUCCUGGCCCUGGCCCACGGUGGCCAGCGGGCCAGCAAUGUCCUCCUGUCUCUGGAAGAAACCUACGCUGAUGUCAUGCCUGUCCACCACAGCUCACAGGGACACAGUGCCUUUAUAUCCAUCAUGCGAGGCUGUGAUAACAUGUGCAGUUACUGCAUCGUGCCCUUUACCCGCGGGCGCGAGAGAAGUCGACCUGUUUCUUCUAUCCUAGAAGAAGUGCGGCUCCUGUCUGAUCAGGGAGUGAAGGAGGUUACUCUGCUGGGUCAGAAUGUGAACAGCUACAGGGACACGUCAGAGGAGCAGUUCAGUGGGCCGGAGCCGACCCAGCUCAGCCGCGGUUUCAGCACCGUGUACCGGGGCCGCAAAGGGGGCCUGCGCUUUGUGGACCUGCUGGACAGGGUGUCCCAGAUCAACCCAGAGAUGAGGGUGCGCUUUACUUCCCCACACCCGAAGGACUUUCCUGAUGAGGUGCUGCAUCUGAUUCAGGAGAGAGGGAACAUCUGUAAGCAGAUCCACCUCCCAGCCCAGAGUGGGAGCAACAGGGUUCUGCAGGCCAUGCGGCGUGGCUACACUCGAGAGGCAUACCUGGAGCUUGUGGCCAAUAUUCGGAAGAUCAUCCCAGAGGUGAGUCUCAGCAGUGACUUCAUCGCGGGGUUCUGUGGGGAGACGGAGGAGGACCACCAGCAGACCCUGUCCCUGCUGAGGGAAGUGCGCUACAGUGUGGGCUUCCUCUUCGCCUACAGCAUGAGGAAGAAGACCCACGCAUUCCACCGUCUCCAGGAUGACGUUCCUGCAGAAGUGAAACGGCGCCGCCUGGAGGAGCUAAUCAGCGUGUUCAGAGAGGAGGCUUCCAGGGUCAAUGCGAGCCUUAUCGGGAGCACACAGCUCCUUCUAGUGGAAGGAGAAAGUAAGAGGUCUGUACAGGAGCUGUGCGGGAGGAACGAUGGAAACCUGAAGGUGAUCUUUCCUGCCUCUCAGGCUUUCCCCAUCAGGUCUGGAGACUAUGUGCUGGUCAAGAUCACAUCGGCCAGCUCUCAGAGCCUGAGAGGCCACGCCCUUGGCCCCGCCUCUUUAAGAUCCCCUGGAAAAGUCCUUGGAAAAGUCCUUCCUCAGGACUAUCGAGAUGAACAGAUGGAGGUCUGCUGACCCCACCCCCUUCUCUCCUGCUCCUCUCCUGUCUGCCUUACUUCACACAGGACAAUCACUGUGCAGUCAUUUUGUGCAGACGGUGGAGUAUCACUGAAAGACACUGGUCGUUGCAGAUCAGGGAGUACUGUUUCAUCUCCAAAGCCUACUAUUCAGGGUUUACUCUGAUGAAAAUAUUGUUUUUUUUAAUGUAUUUAAUAUGUGGCGUUUUACGGUUUGAGUAUGUUAGUAUCAUUGAUUUCAGUAUAUUAUUGGGCUUUCAGGACAUUGUAUUUGCUGGUAAAUAUUUGCAUCAGGGUAAUUUUCCAUAAUUACAGACCUGUCUUCAGCUAAAUAUUGUAUGAGCCUGUACGGUUGGCUUCAUGAUGUUGCAGCAGGAGGAAAAUAUGAUUGCAAAGGACAUUUUUGUUUGGUGUUAUUAAGAAAGUAUAUUGGCAUUUCAACUAUUACUCAUUUGUGAAGAUCAAUGGGAAACAUUAAAGGUAUUGAACUGAUGAACUGAGGAUUCUAGGCAGUUGUUUUGAAA